AUGUCUGCCCCACCGAAUUGGAGAGACAACAACCGUACGAUUCAAAUAUUGAAGAAAGCCGAAAGAGAAAGAUAUGGCGUAAUCGCAGCCAUUGCAUACAACCUUGAACAAAUCCAUGGCCUUGUGACCGCGGCAGUUGAGGCUCGCUCGCCUCUUGUUAUUCAGUUUUUCCCGUGGCAGUUACCUUUGCCGAUGGCCUGCUUAUCCGAGCUGCUAAAGACGCCGUGUCUCGGGUCUCUGUGCCAAUAUCAAUUCACCUUGAUCACGCCCAAGAUGAAAAGCAUCAUGGUCGACAUGUCCCAUUACGAAAAGAAGGAGAACUUAGAGAAGACGGCCACGUGGGUGAGGUACUGUCACGAACGCGGCAUUGCGACCGAAGCAGAGCCGGGCCGGAUCGAGGGCGCGGAAGAUGGCGUCAUGGACACAGCGGGGUUGGAGGCCAGCAAAACCAUGCCUGAGGAGGUAACUGAGUUUAUCGCGACCGGGGUGGACUCACUCGCGCCUGCAUUUGGUAACGUACACGGUGAGUAUGGCAAACAAGGCCCACAGCUAGACUUUGAACGAUUCGAAAGAAUCCGGCUCCAGAUCGAUGGCAGAGUGAGCGUGGCCUUGCAUGGUACCAACGGAUUUCCGCCGGACCUGAUGAAGCAGUGCAUUUCUGCGGGCGCCACGAAGAUAAACGUUAACAAGCUUGUACUGGAUGACUACUACACGCAUCUCAAGUCUCAAGUUACGCAACUCCCGCAUACCACGCUGAUUGAGGAGGGCACAAGUAAGGUCAUCCGACAGACUAAAGAGUGGAUGGAGAUUUGUGGAUCGGCUGGUAAAGCGUUGACAGAGUCGCUCCUAGACGUCUAA